GGAAAUGGAAAAUUGAAAGAUAAAUAGCGGAGCAAGAGGGGGAGAAGCCGAGUGAAAGCUGGGUGAUGCCGCUGGAUUCAUCAGUGUUUGGAACAAUUCCCAACAGCUGAGAGAGCGCAGCAGCACACCAUAUUUUGAAUUAAUUUUCUGCUGCAAUCUCUCUCUGUGCUGUUCACAUUCGUGCGAAAGUACUACUUUAAUCACUUCAAACUCAAAUCCCCCCAUCUCUCUCUCUCUCUCUCUCUCUCUCGGGCCGAGUUUGGAGAGCUGGGAAAGCCAUGAGAAAAUCCUUUGUUUUUCUGAGUUUGUCGACUCUGUUGGUCACUUGUGUUCUUCGAUUCCAGGAGGCUGACGCCGCUCCUGCGGGACCUUUGAUCAAACAAAUGGCGUCUCUUCUGAAAUGGCCUAGUAGGUCUUCCCCCAAAAUACCACUUUCAGAUGGAAAUCUCCUUCAAUUUGAGAGUGGGUACCUUGUUGAAACUGUUGUGGAGGGGAAUGAGCUUGGGUUUUUACCUUACAAAAUCCGAGUCUCAGAGGAUGGUGAACUCUAUGCUGUUGAUGCAGUUAAUAGCAACAUUCUCCGCAUUACCCCACCAUUGUCUCAAUAUAGCAGGGCAAGGUUGGUUGCUGGGUCAUUCCAAGGCUACACAGGGCAUGUAGAUGGAAAACCAAGUGAUGCUCGAUUUAGUCAUCCAAAAGGUGUAACCAUGGAUGAUAAAGGAAAUGUAUAUGUUGCUGAUACCUUAAAUCUUGCCAUCAGGAAAAUAGGAGAAGGAGGUGUGACAACAAUUGCUGGAGGGAAAUCAAAUGUAGCUGGUUACAGGGAUGGGCCAAGUGAGGGUGCAAUGUUCUCAAGUGACUUUGAUGUGAUAUAUGUUCGCCCUACCUGUUCAUUAUUAGUUGUUGAUAGAGGGAAUGCUGCUCUUAGGCAAAUCUCUCUUAACCAAGAGGAUUGCAAUUACCAGGACAGUUCAAUCUCUGCAACAGAUGUCUAUAUGGUUAUUGGUGCUGUCUUGCUAGGAUAUGUUUCAUCCAUGCUUCAACAGGGACUUGGACCGUCUUUUUUGUCAAAAGAGGUGCAAAAAAAUCAACCAGAAAGUGAAUCUCAAGACCAAAUGAGCAAGGAGAAACCCACUCCUAUUGUAGAAACCAUAAAAGAGGAGCAAGUAGCAGGAUGGCCUUCUUUUGGAAGGCUCAUAAUUGAUCUAUCCAAGCUUGCAGUUGAAGCAUUAGCCAGCAUCUUUCUCCACUUUAUUCCAUUCGGUUUCAGAAACAAGGGCUCCAAGAAUGGCCUUACUCCAUUGAAAGAUUCUCUCAUAAUGCCUGAAGAAAAAUCUGAGCCCCCGUUAGUUCAAAAGCAGAGAACUUCCACUCCUCUUCCUGAAACCCUGCAAGUCCAUACUCCAAAAGAUGGUGAAAAAUAUUCAGAAACGAAGCCCCCCAAAGUGAGAUCCUCCAGCUUCAAAGAUCCGUCUGUCUCAACCAAACAUAGAUAUUCAAAACGACAAGAAUAUGCUGAGUUCUACGGACCAGGGGAGGUACCUCCAUACUCCCAAUACAGAUCCAAGAGCCAGAAAGAAAGAACAAAGCAUCGCCAACGUGACAAAAGUGAAGUAGUUUUUGGAUCGGUUGGUUUGGAACAGAAACCUGUCGACUUGAAGGUAACGCAUUAUGAGGAUCCGAAGUUUGACCAUCGCAAUAUGAGGGGCAAGUACGGGGACGCGUAUCGCUUGGAUUAGGCCGCAACCUUCCAGUGAUUGAUUCUUACAGCUUCUCUUUUGUGGUGGAAUUUAUGCGUGUUUCUUCUGGCAUUUUAGAAUUGCAUUGUGGUAUGUAACCAGACCUACCAGGAAAAGAGGGCCUGGGUUUUGUCUCAGUAUGUACUAGAUCCAGAUUGUCUCCUCCAACUUUGCUGUUUCCUUAUUCUGAUCAGUGUUUCCUGAGCCAGUUGUGUUGUUAGCUUCAUAAACAUGCCAGGAUUCAUUAAGGGAAGUGAGAUAGGAAACAUCAUGAUAAAUUAGCAUUACUUUGCAAUGAAAAUUAUAGUAGAAUGCCCCUGAUCA